CCAUGCUCUUGGUGUUGACACCAGAAACUUGACUAUUCAGUUUUCACUUCCCUGUGUGACAUACAUACAACAUCAGCUAUUUUUAAGUGUUGCUUAGUACACAUAACUGAGUUCACAAUGAACUUGAGGUUGUGGAUAGUAUGUACAAUUCUCCAAUUUAUUGGAAAUUGUUGUUCAGGUCUCGUCAUUACAGAAUGUCAAAAUGGAAGAGAAGCAGUAGGAGAAGGAACUAACGUGACCCUGACGUGUGGCAAUUACUUUGUCGACAUGGAGUGGACGUAUGGAGAUGAUUCGGGGACUGUUAUCGGCCAGUGUUAUAGAGAGAGGUGUACAACUGACCGCAACCUUCCUUUCAGUCUACAAGCACACAAAAGAGGAAUCAGUCAAUACGAGAGUGUACUUACUAUAACAAAAAUAUCGAGUGGGCAAACAUUUCAUCUUAAAUGUCGCAGUGAGGACUUGGAUGAAUCUGAAAAGUGCCUGCUGCAUGUAGUGCAACCUCCUCAAUAUGACCCCACGACCUGUAAGGUUCGGGUGUCCAACUGGCGGGUACUCGGACAAUGCACGGUUGAGAGGAUGGCUGGCUCUGGCGUUGAUUACGAGUGUUAUUGGAGCGAGAAUAAUGAGGGGGCUUUUGGAGAUUUCAAAGACAAACCUUCAUAUUAUACUCUUCAGUCUGUAAACUACGCUAGAAAGGUUUGCUCCUUUAAUCGAAGUAUGAUCUUCGAAGAGAAAGCUUACACAUACAGCAUGACUGUAGUUGGUAUUAAGGAUCACUUCACCGAGACCAUUACUGUAGAACACCCAGGAGAACCCACACAUAACUGUCCGACAAUGGUCAGUGAGGGAUCCUCUGUCACCUGCAGGUGCAACUCUUCCAAGGCAGGAAAUCCACCCGCUACCACUGUGUGGGAUGGAGUGAAGAAUGAGACAUUACACAUUGAGAACAUACAAAGACAGACUCAAACUAAUGUUUAUACUUGUCGUGUGGUGUGGGGCAGUAACGGGUGGAUUAAUCGUUCUACUUUGCACACAUUUGAUAUAGCAUACGGACCAUCAUCUGUUCGCAUCGACUACAUCAUUGACGACACGGGAAAUGAGAGAGACAUGCUACGUUUGAUGUGUACAGCAGUUGAUGUCCACCCGUCAGCUAUUUUUAGAUGGAACAUCACGUGUGACACCCAGACCCACUAUAGUAACACCAGCACGUGCGCUUUCUCUACAGCCAACCUUAGUCCAGAGACAGUAGUCACGUGCACCGCGAGUAAUAAUUUUUCUUCUGAUAUGUCUUCUUACAGUUUCAUUGUUGUCAAUGGCACAGGGUCCGAGAAAUCUUUACAGAAUGGCCUAUCAAUCAUAAUAAUAAUAGUGCCAUGCAUCCUUCUUGUUACGGGCAUCAUCAUAACUGUGGUUGCUACCAUCGUAUAUCGCAGGAAAGGUAACAUGUCAAGAAACCUUUGUAUUUACUAAAAAAAAUCAAAUAACUGAAAGCAAACAACAUACAUAGCUUACAGCAAAUUACUCGUGUACUAUGUAGUACUAAAAUAUAUGUUUAUGUUGCUUAUCUAUUACACAUAUUAAAAGCUUUCAUUAAUAGGAAAUUACCAAACAUAUUUAAUAAGAUUAAAGUUAAUUGCUUUGCUGAAAAGUACUAAAAUACUUAGGUUAAGGCCAAGGUUUAAUAGUUUAUGAAUGUUAUGAAAAUAUCAGAACCUGCAAGUGUUCUAAUGGCAGUUUAUUUCCCAUACCGGUAAUUAUUAUUAUUUUUUUUUUGCUUAUUUCUUUCAUUCAUUUCCGUUCCUCUGUGUUUUUUGUGUUACUGCAUUUUUUUUUUCGUGCAUAGACAUUAUAACCACGUGGGUGUAUACUGUAUGUUACAAUUCUGGUAAGAAUGAAUAAUGGAAAAAAAUCUCUAAUUCUUUUUGGGCGAAAGACAAAAAUGAAUGACCAAAAAACUAAAGCAAUAAGUAGACAUGACGAGAAUGAGUUAAUGGAUAGAAUGCGUGUGUAAAGUAUAUUCUUCCUCUUCUUGUUCCUAUUGGCCCCCAGUGGAGCGUAGGGCUGCAUGUAAAGUAUAUGUGCAUGUGUAUAUGUGGAAACACGAGAGAAAAAUUUAUUCUAUGUGUUCAUUGUUAUGUACUGUUAUAGAACACUCAUUUUCCGCAGUGUAGUCUUUUUAUUUUGUUGAGAUCAUGAACAGUCCCCUGGUCAAGAUGUACACCGUACCACCCUCGCUAGUAGAGACUUGGCCAGUGGACUGUUGGGGGUCACGCGGGUCACAGUGUUUUCACUCUGUGCCAACUUGCCUGUAUCAGCACAAUAUCUAAAGGUACCCAGCUAUACCCCAAAUCGGAAAAAGAUAACUCAUUCGCUGAAGUACGGAAAUCUUUUCACUUUUCCGAACUGAGCGCGUGUGAGCCGAGGUCCGUCUUGAGGAGACGGAAAAGGUUCCCUGCCUCAAGAAACAGGAGAUUUUAAAAGACCCAUCUUGGGUAGAGGGGUGAGAAUGCAAGCCACGGGUAGAUCACAGAGGACCAAUCGCCCAACAAGCUCGAGGUUGGAGAAUGCUGCAAUAAGGUAUUUUAGUUAGAAAAGUUUGACUCGAAAUGCUGGAUUGUGUCUCAAAAAAUCAUUAUAAUCAAUUUAAUAAAAACAAUCUCUAAUAAUUUACCAUAUAACGAGAUUUGAUAAAUUACAGUGAAACGUAAAUAUAUAUAUUGUUUGAGUACAGACUUUGAUUGAAGUAAAUGUUUGAAUACAAUACACUGUCAACAGAUACUUUCAAUGGAGCUGAAGAGUGUCCAUACUCACUAACAAGACUUUGAGAUGAUCAAUGAGAACAGCAGACAGUAGUUGUGACCGAGUGAAAAUGAGACUGCUUGCUUGUAGUUAGAAGUAAGAAUGGAGGAAAAUCAAAGGGUAAAGCCAUAUGUUGGUAAGUGAGAAUACAAAUUAAAUAUAAAGCUUGUUCAUGUUUAACUUAUUAAUGCAAGCAUGACUUUAUCAUUCAUGAGGAGUCUAUGAAACACAUUUACCCUGACUAUUACCCUUUCCACCAUAAGCUCUGCCUUCUGUACACCUGUUUACAUUGUUGUAGCAUUUUAUAUAUUUAGAGGUUUUAUUUUUCUAUUCUAUAACCAAAAUCAACAUUGGGUGGCUGGCUACUUCAAUUCUGUCUACACAAAUUGUGUUAAACAUCAAUUUCUUGUUGCCUCCUUAUUUCAUUAAACCUUAUAAAUUUGGAGAAAUUUAAAGACAUGUUCUUACAAUGAGUCGCUCACUGAUUCAACUUCUAAUAAUUUUACUGUAAGUUCAUUCUUCACUCCCUGAAUAAUUUUAUGGUAAACUCUUCACACAUAUUUAUAGCUUGGCGGUUUUCAUGGAUCUCCUUAUCAGCUCUAAGGUUGUGGAAUUAAAAAAAA